AUGGGCUCCGCUUACUCCACUAACAAGUCCGCCAUGACCAACACUGUAGAGACCAUCGACGAGAAGAAGCAGUAUCUCGCCGACCAGAAGGCUGCCCUUCAGCGUGCGCGCUCCGCUUCUCUCGACGCCAGCGCGGAGGCUGUCCCCGAGCUCACGGCUGACGUGUGCAACAAGUGGGACAAGGAUCUCGAGCAGCUCGCCCGACUCAUCCUCACGAACAACGACCCCAUCGCCACCCUGAAGCGUCGCGACGCUGUCAUCGACGACGAGAAAGUCUUCAACGUCAACCUCAAGGGCACUGGCGACAAGGGGCAGUAUCCCGGUCCUCGUGUGAACCAGGCGUCCUCUGGCCGUUGCUGGCUGUUCGCUACCACAGCCAACGUGCUCCGCUACAAUGUCAUCGAGGUGCUUAAGCUCGGCGACUUCCAGCUGUCGCAGAGCUACCUGUACUUCUACGACAAGCUCGAGAAGGCCAACUUCUACCUCGAGACUAUGCUCGAGCUCGUCGAUGAGCCGAUCGAGGGCCGUCUCGUCAGCUUCCUGAACCAGGCGCCCGUCAACGAUGGUGGCCAGUGGGACAUGGCCUACAAUGUUGUCGAGAAGUACGGCAUCAUCCCUCACGCCCUUUACCCCGACGCCUUCUCCGCGACUGCCUCGAGCCGCAUGAACUGGGUCCUGACCGCCAAGCUUCGCGAGUUUGCGCUUGAUCUGCGCAAGCUCUCCAAGACUGCCAGCAAGGAGCAGCUGGCCAAGGUGAAGGCGUCGCAGAUGCGCGAGAUCUACCAGACGCUGUGCAUCACGCUCGGCACCCCGCCCAAGAACGAUGACAAGCUCACCUGGAACUACUACGACAAGGAGAACAAGUUCCACUCGUGGAGCGGCACGCCGCUCGAGUUCUACGACCAGUUCGGCAAGCGCAAGGGCAUGGACCCCAAGGACUCAUUCUCGCUCAUCAACGACCCGCGCAACGAGUACGGCAAGCUGUACACUGUCAAGCGCCUCGGCAACGUCUGGAAGGGCCCGAAUGUGCGCUACGUCAAUGCGCCGAUCGAGGUCGUCGAGGACGCUGUCAUUGCGGGCAUCAAGGCGAACACGCCGCUCUUCUUCGGCUGCGACGUCGGCAAGUUCUCCGAGUCCAAGAACGGUAUCAUGGACACGCGUCUGUACGACCUCGGCGCUGCCUUCGGUUACGAGCUCAAGAUGGACAAGGCGCAGCGUCUCAUCACUGGCGAAUCCUCCGCCACGCACGCCAUGGUCAUUACCGCCGUCCACGUCGGCGAGGAUGGCCGCCCCAUCAAGUACAAGGUCGAGAAUUCGUGGAGCAAGGACCGCGGAGAGGACGGCUGGUUCAUGAUGACGGCUGAGUGGUUCCGCGGGUUUGUGUACCAGGUCGUUGUGCCCCGCAGCAUCGUCGACAAGAAGUGGGUCAAGGUCCUCGACCAGGAGCCCAUCGCGCUCGAGCCUUGGGACCCGAUGGGUGCCCUUGCCUAA